GAAAACGACCUCGUGAGCCACAAGACAAGACGUUAACGCGUUAGCCAUGAGCCUGGCAGCGUGGAAUGGGCGUUUGGACUCCAGCAGCUCCAACCCCUCACCGGCAGUAAGGGUUCAGAGCCGAAUUCAUACAACAAAAGGCGUUAGCUCCAAGCGCUCGCCCCCCCCGCUCUCCCAUUGGCUGCUCUCCGCUCUUCUCGCUCUCCCAUUGGCUGCUCUCGCUCUUUCUCGCUCUCCCAUUGGCUGGCGCGCUCCUGUGCGGCGUGCUCCAAUGAGCCACCGCGGCACUAUAAAAGCGGGACAGCCGCGCCCCCAGCCCCGUCGCGGAGCGCUCAGCAGCGUCUGGAGCUCCGGGGAGCGAUCGCAGCCAGGUGCUGGGGACAGGCUUCAUCCUCCCAGGAGGAGCAGAAGCAGCUCUCAGCAGCAGAACCUUGACUCUCCACUUGCCUUGCCAUGCUCUCACCAGUCUCCCAGUGUGACAGCAACUGUUCUGGUGGUGAGAAGGCUGACAAGGUUUACUUGGAAAAGGCAAAGAAGUCCAAGAGGAAACGUGUGGGUGAGUUCUGUAAGCUCCACCCUGUCUGUGUCCUGGUGCUGGUUGUGCUGGUGGCCCUGGUUGUGGCUUUGGUGGUGGCUCUGGCUGUACAAUCAGCAAGAGGCCAUGGAGCUCUGUCUGUAGUCCCAGUGCUGAGCUGUCCUUAUGACUGGGUUGGGUACCGUGGGCUCUGCUAUUACUUCUCAAAGGAGGAGGGCAGCUGGGAUUGGAGCCAAGCACAGUGCUCACAGCAUGGGGCCUCGCUGGCCAUGCCUCAGAGGGACUGGGAAAUGGAGUUUCUCUUCCGUCUCAAGGGCCUUGUAGAUUACUGGCUGGGCUUGUGCAGACGGGGUGAGCACCUGGAGUGGGUAAAUGGCAGCAACUUCACCCAGAGCUUUGAGGUCCUUGGUGAAGAAGCUUGUGUCUACAUCAACGACAGGGUCGUCGUGAGUUCCAGCUGCUCCCUGAGCAGACCUUACAUCUGCAGCAAACCCCAGCCUCUGCUGGGAUCCACACAAGAGACAAGGAGGAGGAGCUGGCUGUGCUGUGCUGGGGUUUCCAUCCUUCACCAUUGUCUUGGUGAGGCUGAGGGAGAAGCUGCUGCUGUGCCCUCCGUGGUGCCAGGGAUGGCAGAAGAUGUUGGUCAAGACUCGACCCCUGGCAUGAUGCAGUCACAGAGCAGAGCAGAGAGAGGGACCACCUUUAGCCUCAAGUGCAUCAAAGACAAAAGAGUCCCCAUUGGUGUCACAGUGCUGGUGGCAGCGCUGCUCAUCACCAUCAUCGCGCUGGCGGCCAAGAAAUGCCCCUCCUGCCCAUCCUGCUCCUCUCCCAUCCUUCCCAGAUGCCUGGACAAAGGGAUUUGGUUUGGGGAGAGGUGUUUCUACUUCGUGGAGGAUGAAAAGAGUUGGGACAGGAGUCAGAGCUUUUGCCUUUCCCUCGGAGCCCAUUUGGUCACCAUCAGCACUUUGGAGGAGCUGAGCUUCCUCCUGCGUUAUGGGAUGUCCCUGCACCACUGGAUUGGUCUCCAAAGGGAAGGCUCUGGACCUUGGACAUGGGUCAAUGGAUCUGUCUACAACCACCAGUUUGGUCUCCAGGGAGAGGGCCAAUGUGCCUACAUCAACGGGGAUGGGAUCAGCAGCGACUGGUGCUCCCAGGUGAAACUCUCCAUCUGCAGCCACCCAGCCAAGCACCUCAGCAGGGCUCAGAAAGCUCCAGGGACCCUCAGUGGCAGAUGAGACACCCCCUCCCCUCCUCAGCAGGAGAGAUCAAACCCACACAACAGCAUCCUGCUGGAGGAGGUUUCAUUGUAGUGUCCCAGGAUCAGGCUCGUCACAUCUUGGCUGAUCCCCUGACUUUAGGGGCUGCAUCUUUCCUGCUUUUAACCCCCCCUAAAAACACCCCUCAACUGAGGAAACUGGAGUUGAAAAGGGCUGCUGGGAACUGCAGAGCUGAGGCAACUUGUCUUUUCCACCAGUCUCAAGAGAGAAAUGGCCAAAAGCAGAGAUUUGCCCCAAAUUGCCCUUUUUUCCCCCCAAUCUUCCAUGGGGUGCUCUGGAAUUCAAGCAGAGGAUGAUGAGGUGGGGACAGGACCUAAAACAGGCUCAGGGAGCCUGAGCUUGGUGCAACAACCUCCAGUUUCCUCAUUCUUAAAGGGAAUCAUUUCCUUUAAGCUCCCAAUGAUGUAAACUUUAACAAAGGGAACUUCUGGUCCCAAAUCUGCCCUUGGCUCUGCCUGAGGCUGAAGUCAGCCCCUUCCUGUUGCCAUUCCUGGCAGGAAAGGGAGGAGGUGGGUUACUUUUGAGGUUCCUUCCUGUGUUUCCAAGUCUAAUGAAGUGGAUUCAUAGCUGAGAAGUGGUUUGAGAAGUCCCUCAGGCUUUGGGUUCGAAUUAAUCAAGGCUAAAAAGGGGCCAGGGGGUAUCUCCCCUCCCUUAGAGAUGAGUGGAGCAGUGGCUGUGGGUUUGGAUGGACAACACCAGCUCAUCAUUUGGGGAGAAACAGCUCCAAAAGCUGCUUUUCUUUAAUGAUUCUCAGUAGUUCUUGCUGAGUGCCUGAUGGUGGUUGGAUUUGGGGGGCAAAGCAACAAGCCCUGGGGUGGGAGGGAUCAGUUUCUUCUGCUCCUCUCCUUCCAUCCUCCAGUGGCUUCCUCAGAGCUGGCCCCAGCAGGAGAAGGUUGGGGCUGGUGGAAGGUGUCACCUGGGGUCUCCUCCAGCUCCUCAACGUGCCCAAACACGUGCUGGGGGGAAGGAGAUGAGGAUGAUGAGUUCAUCUCUGCUCACCCUGAGGUGUCCUCAGGUCCCUUCUUGCAUGGGGAAUGGGGAGGGACCAUCCCCACUGCCCCAAACCCACCCCAGCUUUAUUGCCUCUUCCCCCUCAUUUAUUGACAACCCCCAACCCCUGAGUUAAUUGUGCUGAGCCCAUUUCCCACCCCCCUUCCCCAACUUCAGGGGCUGGGGGGGAAGUAAAAACCUUGAGGGGUGGGAAGGAAUCACUUCUGCCUUUCAGCUUUGCAGGGAAAAGGGUUUGAGCUGGUUUUUAGGGGGGGCUGGGGGAGGGUUUUCUCACCCACCUCUCCCAAGAGAAGAGCCAAGAGGCAGAGCACAGCACCAGCAGCCACCAUCCGGAUGAGGAGGAGGAUGCUCAGCCCUCCCAGCACCAGUGUCUCUGCAAAACCCAGGGAGGAAGAGGAUGGGUGAGAAGAUGGUAGUGAAAUGGGAUAGGGGGAGGGGAGGGAAUCUGCUUUCCUCCCCAGCUUUUGCCUUCUGUGGGUUUCAUUCCAUGAAAACAACCCCCCCAAUGCUUCCAACCACAAAUUUGCUUCAUUUUGGGGCUUCCCAGAAGCAAAUUCCCAGGAGGUUUGUGUGGAUUUGUGCUCAAAAUGCAGCAAAGGAAAAGCAGGGUGGCAAAACCCACCCCAAAAAUAUAAAGGACAAGGUUUUAAGCUGCUUCUCCAAGCAGGAUUUUGCUCUGUGGGUGUUUUCAGGGGUGUUUCAGGAUCAGGUUUGGUGCAUCUUGGGGCUGCAUCUGUAUCUUUUCUGCUUUUAACCCCCAAAAGUCCCCCAAACUCUGAGGAAAUUGGAGUUGAAAAGGGCUGCUGGGAACUGCAGAGCUGAGGCAACUUGUCUUUUUGAUCCAUCUCAAAAGAGACACCUCAAAAAGCAGAGGUUUGCCCCAAAUUGCCCUUUUCUAGCCCCAAAAAAGCAGCUGUGGAAUUCAAGCCAAUGGCCACAGGGUGGGGCCAGGACCAAAGCAUCCAACCCCAGGGUUUGGAUCCCUCUCAGUGCUUGCACAUGGAGUGUCUGUGAUGAGGUGGAACCUCCUCCCACCUCUAAAUGGGUUGAAAUGUGCAUCUCUGUGGGGUUUGGAUGGUCUCUUCCCCCCCUCCACCCUUUCAGUUUACCUCUGCUCAUGGAUAAGUUGACAGCCACACAAGCCAACCCUUCUGGAGCUCGAACUGUCACCAGGUAGGUCCCUGUGUCCUCAUCCUGCACCUCCCUGAGCUUCAAGGUGCCAUUGGGUUCCACAUCCACCCUCUGCCUGUACAGCUCAGCCACCUCCCAGGAGGUUCUGCAGCUCCUCCUCCACCAGUCCUGGGCUUCCCCUUGGCAACCAUCCAAGGUGUAAUUAAGGAUGGGAAGGUUCCUGGGGCUGCUGAUGAGCUCCCAGGUGAUGCAGAUGAAGUCCCAGCUGGAGCUGGGGGGCUGCAGGGAGAAGGAGAGCUGUGCUGUCUGGUUGGGGUGAGCGUGGGCUGGGCUGCUGGAGAGGAAGAACGGGGAGAAGGUACCUGUGUGUGGAAAGAAGUUCUCCUUUGGCAAGGAGGGACUUGCAAACAGCUUCUAAAGAGCUGGAUGGACCUCCCAUCACCUCCCAGAGCUUCUAAAGAGCUGGAUGGGUGUUCCACCACCUCCCAGAGCUUCUAAAGAGAUGGAUGGACAUCCCACCACCUCCCAGAGCUUCUAAAGAGCUGGAUGGAUGUCCCAGCUCAUCCCAGAGCUUCUAAAGAGCUGGAUGGGUGUCCAAUCACCUCCCAGAGCUUCUAAAGAGCUGGAUGGGUGUCCCACCACCUCCCAGAGCUUCUAAAGAGCUGGAUGGGUGUCCAAUCACCUCCCAGAGCUUCUAAAGAGCUGGAUGGGUGUCCCACCACCUCCCAGAGCUUCUAAAGAGCUGGAUGGGUGUCUCAUCACCUCCCAGAGCUUCUAAAGAGCUGGAUAGACCUUCCACCACCUCCCAGAGCUUCUAAAGAGCUGGAUGGGUGUUCCACCACCUCCCAGAGCUUCUAAAGAGAUGGAUGGACAUCCCACCACCUCCCAGAGCUUCUAAAGAGUUGGAUGGGUGUUCCACCUCAUCCCAGAGCUUCUAAAGAGCUGGAUGGACAUCCCACCACCUCCCAGAGCUUCUAAAGAGCUGGAUGGAUGUCCCAGCUCAUCCCAGAGCUUCUAAAGAGCUGGAUGGGUGUCCAAUCACCUCCCAGAGCUUCUAAAGAGCUGGAUGGGUGUCCCACCACCUCCCAGAGCUUCUAAAGAGCUGGAUGGGUGUCCAAUCACCUCCCAGAGCUUCUAAAGAGCUGGAUAGACCUUCCACCACCUCCCAGAGCUUCUAAAGAGCUGGAUGGAUGUCCCAGCUCAUCCCAGAGCUUCUAAAGAGCUGGAUGGGUGUCCAAUCACCUCCCAGAGCUUCUAAAGAGCUGGAUGGGUGUCCCACCACCUCCCAGAGCUUCUAAAGAGCUGGAUGGGUGUCCAAUCACCUCCCAGAGCUUCUAAAGAGCUGGAUAGACCUUCCACCACCUCCCAGAGCUUCUAAAGAGCUGGAUGGGUGUCCCACCACCUCCCAGAGCUUCUAAAGAGCUGGAUGGACAUCCCACCACCUCCCAGAGCUUCUAAAGAGCUGGAUGGGUGUCCCACCACCUCCCAGAGCUUCUAAAGAGCUGGAUGGGUGUCCCACCACCUCCCAGAGCUUCUAAAGAGCUGGAUGGACACCCCACCUUGUCCCACCUCUUUCUAAAUCAGUGGAGGCUUCACCUUACCAGGACCAGUUGGUUUUCUUCUCAAUUAUCAUCAUCUUUUGGCAUUUUGGGCAAGCUCAGCAAGUAUUUUCUCCCUGGAAACAACCUUCUCCUGGGUUUUCCAAACCUGCCAGUUGUUGGUUCUGCUUCCACACCUCUUGGGAUUUGGUGGAUCCACCUUCCCCCUCCCUCCAAAAACCCCCACCCUUACCUUGCAAAAUCAGCGUGACCUGCGUGGUGUGCACCAUGUCCAGAGUCUGCACCAUCAGCUGGUAAACACCAGCAUCAUCUGGGUGGGCAUCCUGGAGCACCAGUGAAGCACCUUGGCUGACACUUGCCCUUGGCUUGUAGAGAUCUACCACCUCAACCUUCCUUUGGCACCACUGGUCGGAUCCUCCCGAGCUCUGGUUGCAUCUUUCCAUGGUGUAAACCAGAACAGGGUGAUCCCUUGUCAGGAAUCUCCACUUGAGGUGGAAGAAAUCCCAGGUGUAGUUGAGGAGCUGGAGGGAGAUGGGCAGGAUGACUUUAUCCCCAGGGGAAACCCACACUGGGUUCUGCAGGGAGCUGAGAGACACCGUGGCAACGACACCUGAGGGUGGGGAAAGGGGAGAAAGGAGACCCUGGGUGAGAACUUAUGGAGACCUUCCAAUUCCAGCCAAGUUCUGGAUUUAGGGGCUGAAAUCUGGGAGGGGGAUAUUUCCCUCCCACUCUCAGCUCUCUUAGAGGGAUGAGGAAUGAGAUGCUCCAGGUGGGGAUGAGCAAUAUUCACACUCCCAAGUGUUUUCUCCUCCCCUGAGGGCUGAAUUAACCACCCAGGCUGGAUGUUAUGGAUUGAUCAGAGCACAUCCAGUUGGUUUAAAGGGGUUUUUUUUGGUUGUGUGGGGUUGCUUUUGUGUCCUCUCUUCCUCAGACAUUGCUCUGGAGCAAAGAGCUUGGCAGAGCAAAGGGGUGGAGAGGAGACAAACCUCCUUUGUGGUGGAGAGGACAACGACGAAUCCAGAAGGUUGGUUCAUGGAGGAGCUGCCCAAGACUCCAGGGAGGGUGGCAAAGCCAAAUGCUCUGCCCAGACUGAUGCUCUGAGAAGAAGAUGCUGAAAACCUCCAAGUCCAUCCCUCUCCACCCCACCCCAACCUCCAAAACCCCUUCACUCACCCACCAAGGCUGAGAAGACGACGGUUCCCCUCAUGGCAGCCCCAGCACUGAGCAGCAGCAGGUCACCUCCUCAUCCUUGACAAAGACCCAAAAAAAUGAUCUUUAAACCA